AUGGAGCCAACUACAUCCGAUCACGAGCUCAUCAGAAAUGCAAUUGCAAACAUUGCAAUUGCAUUUGACACGAACACCUACGCGGAGCUUCGAAGUUCUUUCACAGAAGAUUGUGUGGCGGAUUAUACGGGGUCCCUUGGUCUCAUGAAUGGCAUCGACACUGUUAUUGAGCAACUGCGGAAUACGAUCGGGCACGUUACUACCUUUCACGGAUUGAGCACGCAAGCUAUACGGCUCACUGGCAAGGAUACAGCCGAGGCUACGACGUAUUGCUCCGCGAGUCAUUACGUUGGCGACAAGUCGUUCUUCGCCGAAGCUAAGUAUUUCGAUAAGCUCGUCAAAGUGACUGAGGGAAACACUACAAAAUGGUUGAUCAACCAUCGCUUGACUACGAUGAUGGGCGUUCCAAGGGGCGAUGUCUCCAUUUUCAACAUGAACUUGGAAGGAUGGGUUGACACCUUGACGGCGUGA